AUGGGAAAAUUAGCAACAAUCAUUUGCUUCGUAAUUACAUUCCUACUCUUAGGUGGUAUAGCAGUUUUGAUCGCUUGGUUAGCAGACAAAAUGAAGUCUCCUAUGUUCUCCAUUGAUCAAGCAAAUAUCAAUGGCUACAAUUUCACGGCCGACAACCACCUCAACGCCACCUUCAUCUUAGAGGUCCGAUCUCACAACCGCGAUUCCAAAUAUCAAAUAAAAUAUGAUUUGAUCGUAGUCUCGGUGUACCAUAGCGGCUACACCUUAGCAUACGACAGUAAUUUAGGCCCGUUUACCCAACAUCAUGGGGAAGAUAUAGUCUUCACGGCCCAACCCAGAGCCCGAAAUGUUCUAAUAAGAAACUCUGAGUUGGCAGGGGAUAUUAGAAAUGAGGCUCGGGCCGAGAAACUGGGCCUGGAGGUUCAUGUUCGGGCUGCAGUAAGAUAUGAAGUUGCAAGGUGGAAGCAUAAGAGUUAUGUAUUGAGGAUUAUCUGCACGCCUGUGUUUGUUGGUUUGUCUUCAGGGAAGGGUUCUCAGAGUACGAUAUGUGAUGUAGAUCGCUUUUGA